GACAUCAACACGACAUGAGCAUGAGAGCAUGAGCAUGAAGUGAAAAGACCACCAGGACGACACAGGAUUACAUCCUUCAUAGCUUCACAUCAGCAUUAAGCCUGUUCAUACUCGCCAAACACCAAACGAAACCAUCCGGCUCAGAGCCUCGUCGAAAAUGGCGCCCCCAAAGCGCUGGCCCGCGCCCAUCCACGUCUUCUCCUACCGCGCCCUCCUGGUGGUGCCCGUCAUCCUCGCCAUCGCGACAUUCGUCUCCCUCUUUGUCCACUCGGACGUGAACGUCGCCCUCCUCUACUCGCAAUGUGACGCCCGCGCCCGCCUGCCGGCCAUCAGCAAGGUCCCCGUCCUCGGCCCGCCCGCCUGCUUCGCCGUCAGCUUCUUCCAGAACGCGCUCGGCUCCGUGCGGACCUUCGCGAGCAUGGCCGCCGUCCUGUCCUUCAUCGCCGGCCUCAUGACCGUCACCACUGUCGAGGCCGCGCGCGUCUGCAACGCGCCCAACAUCCUCAUCGCCAACCCGACGGGUCCCUGGCUGGUCUUCAACCUGCUGGGCGGCGCGGUGGUGUGGCAGCUCGUCAUCAUCCCGGCCUUCUUCCACCGCUCGCGCUCCAUCCUGCUCGCGCGCAAAAAGGCCGGCCAGGACGUCGUCGAGAGCGCGGCGUCGAAAGACCCCGACUUCGGCAAGGACUCGCGCCAUCUCGUCGUCGACUCGGAGAUCAUCGCCAUCCCUGUCAGCGUCGCGUGGGGCUUCGUCUUGCCGUCCAUCCUCAUGCUCAUCUACAACUCGCCCAUCACCAUCGCCAUCUGGCUCGUUUUCCCCAUCUGGGUGUCCCUCAUCCGUCAAGGCGUCCGAUGGAUCGUUUUGCGGCUGCAGAGGCGCCAGCACCGCAGUUUCCAUCUCGAGUCUCACACGGUCUCGCUUCUGCUCGUCUACAUCGUCCCCAUCCUCUGCUCCGCUGUAUCUCAUGUUUACCUCAUCUGGAGCCUCUUCCAGUGGGACGACAGAAAAGAGAUGACGCGUUCAACCAUCAAGUAUGUCGAAAUCGACGCCUUCUUCAUCGGGUUGACCGUCCUGUACUGGAUUUUUGUCGAGACUGGGUGGCGGGUUCCCUUGGUGGCGGUUCUUGUUGCUGUUCCCCUAGGCCCGGGUGCCGGUGUCUGUAUUGCUUGGAUCUAUAGGGAUAACCAAAUUCGUGAGCAUCUCAAGCACUGGUUGUCUGACAUCGUCGGUAGCGAAGAGGCCAAUGAAGAGGGUAGAACCCCAGCAGAUGAAGAAACACCUUUACUCAACUGAGCAGAAACGCUUCGAUUACGGUAUACUGGAAUGGGGUGGUAUGGCUUAUGAGGGCCACAAGGAGGAAAGGAUCAUAGGAUCCACUUAGCUUUCGGAUUUUUAGAUCCGAUUAUGUAUAAUAGAUAGGAUUAGCCUAGCUAGACAGCAGGACUUAUUAGAAUUAUUAGCAGACAUUAGAAUUAUUUUUUACACCUUUGCUUACACUUUCUAA